CAUCAUUGUCUGACAGGGUGCAAAAGUCAACCUCUUUUUCGAAGCUGUGCACGAGGUUAAGGUCCUCCCGCAUUUUUAGAGAAACAACUCACGAUUACAUGUACGAGUCACCACAAGCAGGUGAUCGAAAAGAGUUGCACAAAGAUGCAGCAUUCACAACGGUCAGCCCGAAGCCUUCUUGGAGUGACCAACCACAAGAAUCAUCGGUGUUUUCAAAAUUGUGCGAGAGGUUCAAAUCUUACGGCAUCCUCAAGGACGCAGGUGGCGAACAAGAUCAGGUUGUUCCUGAAAGUCGUUCGACCUUCAGGAAUGUUUAUGAAGGACUGCAGGCUGAACGCCGAAGGCGUGCAUUAGGUGGCAGCACACAAGAACAUCUUGGCUGCGUAAAAACUGUCGGUGCUUUGUCGUCAGGUGGAGGUCAGGCAUUCAACGUAAAGCAGGAGAACGAUCAUCCCGAAGCUGUCACAACAACUUGUUGUGGCGAUGAAGACAUGAUAAACAGGCUUACAGCAACCAUCGCAGGAUGUAAAGAUUCAAGAGGCGAUGUUUUGUGCGAACCAGACGAGCCACAUGUGGAGGAGGGCACCCCGUCUGCAGACGAGACAAUCUUGGGAGAUGAUAAGUCAAGUAAUGCACGUGAAAAGGCACCUCUUUUAGCUAAGAACAACAAACAUCCGCACAGCUCGGGGAAGAGUGGAAACUCCACCAAUUCGCCAAGGCGCGGAAGAAAAAAUGCUGCUCUCAAAAGGCAUUCAAGCGAAGAGCCCGAAGACAAAAAACCACUGGGUGAGGACGCUGUAGCCACAGGCGAACAGAUCGAGAGAAAAAAAGCAAAAUUGAGUAAGAGCCCCUACUUCAAGGCAGCAGGCCAUUCUUUAGGUAUCAGGAUUGGAUCUAGGCCCUGGGUGCCCCCACGGUCACCGUACAACCUCGUGCAAGAAAAGCUGUAUCAGGAUCCCUGGAAAGUCCUGAUAGCAACUAUAUUCCUCAAUCGCACUACAGGCAAGGCAGCCAUUCCUGUAUUGUGGCAGUUCCUCGAUCUCUAUCCAACUGCGCACGCUGUCGUCAAUGCGAACUCCGAAGACAUUGCAAACCUGCUGCAGCCACUUGGUUUGCACAGGAAGCGUGCAGACAUCAUACAGAAGUUCUCCGAGGAGUAUCUCACCAAAGAAUGGCGCUACCCGGAUGAGCUCCAUGGCAUAGGGAAGUAUGGCAACGACUCGUACCGCAUCUUCUGCGUCAACGAAUGGAGGAAGGUCAAGCCCAACGACCACAUGCUCAACAAGUACCAUGCCUGGUUGAAAACACAAAGCCUGCAAGUAUAACCAGGUCGGUCCUGAACAACCCAGGAGGGUUUGGCAUGUUCAAGAGAGACACGAUAACAGCGCAAUGGGAGUGGAGAAUACUUCUACACUGGCGUACUUUGUUCAUAUAUCAUUGUCAUUCUAACCUUGAUCAUAGGUUUAUUUUAUGCUGUGCUUUACUGAUAUUUUAUGCUCUGCUUUACUGAAAGCAGCCAGCAAGUUGCGAUGUACUUUCAGAAAGUAACAACACUGAGAAGCAUUCUUUGUGCGAGGGACUGAGUUUGUGCCCGUGCUCACAAUGCCUGUUGCAUUGGUUGGCAUUAUUACAAUGUUUGCCGUGUCACACUACAGAAGCAUUCAUGCAAAGAGGUCACAAGCUUUCUUAUUACUCUUUUUAGAGCAUUCCUAGCUUCCAUGUUACGUGUUAAAGUAACAGCUUGCUACUCUACACAAGCUUUGAAGUCGCUGUACUUACUCUUUUGUGUGCUCUGCUUUUGGUACAGUGGUAAACAAACGGCUUGCCAAAUUAUCUAAAUUCCACACUGUCAUGUAAAGAGGCACUUGUCCACUGCUCAAGGCCUGUUAUGCAUUGAACUCUUCUUGUAUUUGUGAGCAGGUUACAAGUGGGACGCUGUUCUCAGUACUUUUGCCUUUCCUGUCUUACAAAUUCUUUGUUGUUAUUUGCUCGGCAGGCAUCUAAGUAUGUCCAGCCAUCGACAAACGAGUGUCUGCAUUACUGUCACAUUUUCUCACGUAUAACCCACACUUGCAUAAAAAGCGCACCUCUACCUAUAAACUGCAGGAAAAUAACGCUUUUUUAAAUCGCCACUUACAUUGUUGUGAAAACUUCUUAGCAAUACCGUGAAGCAGUAUCACGAAGCCAGUUUUCACGACUCUCAGUUCGAUUUCAGUUUCAAUUUUUUUGUAUUUGUCAUGUGGGUUAUACGCAAGAAAAUAUAGUAAGUUGGCACUCAACUUUGAAGCAGGCUUGGUGGAGAUCUAACAGUAGCCAAUCACGUAGAUCGGUUUACUGGCAAACACAGUUUGGUUGUGCAUAUGUGAACAAGAUGGCACCCUUGGCACCCGUGUGUGAGAGCUCAAACAUGUUGAGAACUGUGGGCUAGUUACUGUUGAGGUUACAUGUGCAGAGAUACCCAAGAAAGUAGACUAAAAAAUGGCUGCUGCCACCGUGCACCUUGGGUUCGUUUCCUGCUGGCCACAAGUUGCUCGGCAUUCGCUUUUCUUUUUUUUACUCAUAAUUGCCAUGCAACUAACGACAACAAAUAAUAUCUCGUAUGCUUUCCUGGCACGUCGAGUUUCAGAGACACUAUUUCUUCAAUUCUUGGAAACAAAAAAAAAGAGAGAGAGAGAGAAAAAAACAGAGAGAUUUGUAAGAUCUAUUUAAAAGCAUCACUUGCAUAAAUAAUGAUCACGUGUCACACAAUGUACACUAGUUUUGGUAUUUGUUAACUAUGAGGGUGUAGUAAACAAAGACACCAGAUGUGGCUGUUAAAAAACUUCUUUCUUUUAUUUGUUACGUAUGUGUGCAUCCCCAUUCAUUGCAUUAUUGUAUUCACAUAUUCAUUAAUUUAAGCUGCUUCAAGAAAGUUUAUACUGUGUACCUUCUGUUUGUAGCAUUCGUUGAUAGCAAGCACUAUUCACAGUUGUUGCAAUUUGUGCCGCUUACCAAACAAUAUCUACCAGGCCAUUGUGUAUAACAUACCGUGAUCGUCGUGUACAGCUGUUCUGAUAGUCUCACAAGAGCAUGCGUCUGGCAAUGUGAUGUGUAUAUUAAAUCACGUGAGUCACUCGCGUGAUUUAAAGAUGCUUGAUUGAGCAGUCUUCUAAAGUCAGCAAUUGAAUGUUUCACCGUCACCUUGUUACGUGAAACAAAACGGCUCUUACUGUAAUUAAACUUCAUUCUACCAAUUUUUUAGGUAGCACAUUGUACUCCUUUAGAAUGUUUUAUUGCGUGUUUUUUUUUUAUUUUUAUGGUUAUUUAACAGUGUCAUAUACAUAGAGUUUCUCAAAAUUAACUAGAGGGGACUCUGGCGCUGCGAUCGAUCAGCGACCAUGGGAAUGAUGGGCAGUACACACAUUUGCCUAGUCUUCGUACUUGCGGGCGGCAAAUCAUACUUGCGGCUUCGCUUAUUGCUGUGUUUCGAUUUUGUUUUGAAACAAAGAUUCAACUCUUUUGAACUUCGUGACCCAAUUUAGAAAGGUAAUUCGAAAGAAAUAGGGUGGUGAAGCGCAAUUGCUGAACAUUUGCUGAUUUUUGUUUCGUGAGAAAACAGCUUCAAGCCACACAAACACACACGAAGCCAAAAGCAGGCCAGAAGUACGAAGUUUAGAGAAAUGUGUGUACUACCCAUCAUUCUCAUGCUCACUGAAACGCCGUGCGUUGCAGCUUCCAUAGACACUAGCACCAGAGUUCCCUCUAGUGUAUAUUAGGAAACUCUAUGGUCAUAUAUUGUAAACACUGAGCACUGUUUUCAGCCAUAUUUUGUUAAAGUUUACUCCUGCACAAUAAAUGUUUUGUCUCUACUUUUU